AUGUGGGAGGACAGUGAGAACAAGAUCUUUACUGACAUCAUAUGUAGUAUAAAUAGAAGUAUAAACAGAAAACCGCAUCCAACCUUACUUUGCUUUCCAACAAGCAGGUUCUUCAAAGAUCAGGAGUUAAAAAAUGAUCGAUUCGUUCAAAAAAUCAAAAGGAGCGUUGGUAAAUGGGCAGUCACACUCAUUAUGAAGAAUCCUACGCAAGACGAUCAAGGAGUGUACAAAGUGGUGGCCACGAACUCAGCAGGAAGCCAUUCAGUUGAGCAACAAUAUGUCCACUCACAGACAGCUAAUGAGAUUUUCAAAACGCAAUAG